GGAGGUGGAUGGGUCGGAGGUGGGGCUUGAAUAUACAUAAGAGGCUAAGACAGCCCGCCAGUCCAAUUUGGCACAAUCUCGCCAGACAAUUUGCUCUUGCCUAACCUAUAAAGAGAAGCUGAUCGGAUCUCUCCGUUCGUUUAGACUCUGUUUAUCCUCUCCAGAAGCGUGUUAGAAAAUAAUCCUCUUGAAUCUGCCCUCUUUUGAAAGAGAGACGCCUUGUUAGUGAUGAGCACGGGCAGGUUACUCAGAACUGAGGCUUUAUCCUGGAUGACGAAUGUGGACAACGUGACAUGGGGCCAGUCCAACGACUUGGUCCUGCAGCCCCUUUGGGACUUCCUCCAUCAGAACCACCACGACCUUCUGACGAGCCCUCUCAUCCCUGUGUUCCUCUCCGUCACCACCUACUUCUUCCUGGUAGCUCUUUACACCGUUCUGGACCUGCUGGCUCCCACCUGGCCUAGCAUCAACCGCUACAGGCUCCAUCCUGACAAACCAAUCUCCUGGCCAAACAUCUGGACGACCCUGGGCAUCACCAUCUACAACCACCUUCUGUACAUCUUUCCUGCUGCAGUUGCCCAGUGGCUGUGGAGGCCGCCCACCCCUCUGCCUCGUGAAGCACCCUCUCUCUGGAGCUUCUUCCUGGGCAUCCUGGGCUGCAUGGUAGUCUUCGACUUCCAGUAUUACCUGUGGCACCUGCUGCACCAUCGGAUUCCCUGGCUGUAUCGCACCUUCCACGCCGUGCACCACCAGUACAACCAGCCUUUCAGCCUGGUUACCCAGUACCUGUCUGGCUGGGAGCUGUUCAGCGUGGGGUUGUGGUCUACGGUGGACCCAAUCCUGCUCCAAUGCCACUGCCUCACAACAUGGGGCUUCAUGGUGUUCAACGUCUAUGUUUCCACCGAGGACCACUGCGGCUACAACUUCCCAUGGGCCAUGCAUAACCUGGUGCCCUUUGGCCUCUGGGGCGGUGCUCCCAAGCAUGACACACACCACCAGAGACCCAGCACCAAUUUUGCCCCAUUCUUCUCUCACUGGGACUGGCUGGGGGGCACCCACACCGUGUCAACUCCCGCCACGUUGCCAGACAAGCUGAAGGGGAGAAAAAACGAAAGAGCUUGA